GGCUUUGCCACUCUGUACCUCUCUUUUGGCUGCACAGUUCACUUUUGGCUCAGGUCAGACACCCGCUCACCUCGCUGCUUCUCUUCUUCAGCCAUGACGAUGACUGUUGCCAUGGUGAUGCUGUGCAUGAUGAUGGUACAUGCAAAUGUGAAGCCGCAGAAAGAUUUUAACCUGCAGAAGUUUGCAGGAAAAUGGUAUCGCGUGGGGGUCGCCUAUGACUCUCCGAGUUUCGUCCCAUUCCGAAGCAAAAUUAAGGCCUCCAUGGGCACCAUCGCGCCGCUGCCAAACGGCAAUGCUAAUCUCACAAUGUGGGAGGCAACACCCUUUGGUUGUGUGAGCAAAAAGUACCAGUAUGAGAGGGCCAGUGUACCUGGACAGUUCACCUACUUCAGUGCACGCCAUAACAUGGUGAAGGACAUCACUGUGGUGGAAACAAAUUACACUGACUACGCCAUGGUCCUUAAGCACAAGGUUUUCAACAGAGAGUACACACAGGUGGCACUUUAUGCUCGCACUCUGAGCGUCAGGCCUGAGGUCGUACAGAAGUUUAAAACCUUUGCCUUGUCUCGCGGUUUACCAAGAGAGUCUAUUGUGAUUCCACCUCCAGCAGAAAAUUGCCCGCCAUCAGGACCUGGACGUUAGGUUCCCUGCUGUGCCUGAGAUGAGGGUGGCAUCAUGUGUUCUUCGUGCUGUUCCAGCUCUGUGUCUCUGUCCAGUUUCUGACAGCAUUUAUGUAUUAUAAACUAUUAUUAAAAAAAAAAAAAAAACUUCAGCAAACAUGAUGCUGACUGCAAAUGGCACAAGCAGCAGAUAUUGCUGAUUACAUUUAUCCUACAGAUCAACCUUGAUUAUGUAGUGUUUUCCAUUAUUUUCAAAGUUCACAUAGUUAAAUAAACAUUGACCUCCAGACUUUUAUUAAUUUAAUUUGAGGUGGUUUUUUUGUAAAAUUAUGGUUACAUGUAAAAUAUGUUAGUAUGUAAUUCUGUGUUUUACUGUGAUCUAUAUGUUCAUCGCCUGACAGUUACCUCUACCAGCUAUAAUAUUGGCGAUAUAGUCAUCAAUAUAUCAAUAAAUAUAUUUCUGAUCAGCUGCA